UUUAUUUUUUCUGUGAAAAAAGGAAGUGUUUGUCUGUAACUCGUCAUGAAUCGUGAGCGCAUCUACGCAGUGCUUAUGUAACGCUAUGCGCGGGAAAAUAGUGACUAUAUAAAGGUCAGUUUUUAACCAGCGGAUGAGACAGACAUAUGUGAUGUGAUCUACUGACCUUUCUGCAUGCUUCUGCGUAACGCCCAAAACGAAUGUCGACAGAUACUGUUAGGCCAACUGAGACCCCUAAGCGCAGUUUAUAUUAUAGUAGAGUGGGGAAAGAAGGGACGCUUUGUCGGAUGAGACUUUUUUUAAGCGUACAGUAUUAUUUCGUGUUAUUUACGUGUAUUUUCCAAUGAUAGAUUCACUGUACAAUAUUAUACUUGCUUUACCUAAUUGUUAUAUGUAUAAUAUAUUGAGCUGAAUAUUUUUUUAUAAACAACAUUAUAAGCUACAGUUGGUCACAUCUAACAAUAUGGAAAGUAUUGUGAUUAGCGGUAUUUCGGGAAGAUUUCCGGAAUCGGAAAACGUGGAGGAGUUUUGGACAAAUCUUCUAAAUAAAGUUGAUCUCGUUACAGAAGAUGACCGCCGCUGGAAACCAGGUUUAUGGGGUCUACCAAAGAGAAAUGGAAAAUUAAAAAACCUCGAAAAGUUCGACGCAUCUUUCUUUGAAAUCCACCCAAAGCAAGCAAAUAACAUGGAUUCACAACUUCGAAUGCUACUUGAAGUCGUGUACGAAGCUGUGACAGAUGCUGGCGUAAACCCAAGUUCCAUUGCGGGUUCCAACACGGGAGUAUGGGUUGGAAACAGCAGCUCAGAAGUACGGGAGGCAUUGACAAAAGAUCCAGAUACGACGGAAGGAUACGUAAUGACCGGGUGCUUUAGCUCGAUGAUGGCGAAUCGAAUCAGUUACUUUUUCGACGUUAAAGGCACAAGCGUUUCAAUGGAUACAGCAUGUUCGUCAAGCACACUUGCACUGCAAAAUGCAUUCGUCGCAAUAAGAGAUGGCUAUUGUGAUGCUGCAAUUGUUGGCGGCACCAACGUGAUUCAUAAGCCACAUGGGUCGCUUAUGUGUCAGCAAUUUAAUAUGUUAUCGUCCGACGGAUCCUGCAAGUCGUUCGAUUCAUCAGCAAACGGUUACGUGAGAUCAGAAGCAGUUGUAGCCGUUUAUUUACAAAGAAAAUCUAUGGCUGUCCGAAGCUAUUGCGAAAUUCUUAACGCCCGGACCAAUUCAAACGGAAAAACAACAGAGGGUAUCACAUAUCCUUCAGGCAUUCAGCAAGCUCGCUUACUCGAAGACACCUACAGCGAAUGCGGCGCUGAUCCAUGCGCUGUUGAUUACGUGGAAGCACACGGAACUGGAACAAAGGCUGGUGAUCCGCAAGAGCUUAACGCCAUUGAUCAAGUAAUGUGCAAAGAAGGAAGAAAACAACCGCUGCUGGUAGGCUCAGUCAAAUCAAAUAUGGGUCACAGUGAAUCCGCUAGUGGUUUAUGCGGAGUGGUCAAGUGUGCAGUGGCAAUGCAGAUGGGGGUUAUGCCCUCAAAUCUGCACUUUAAGCAGCCGAAUCCGGAAAUUAAAGGGCUAUUGGAAAACCGCCUAAGGGUCGUCACGGAAAACACAAAACUACCGAAAACUAUCAUGGUUGGUGUUAACUCGUUUGGGUUCGGCGGUACCAACGUACAUGUUAUUCUUCGAUCCAGUGAACAUGAUAAGCCCGCAAAUGAAAUAAAACAACCGACCAUCGCUUUGCUCACUGGUCGAACCGAAAAUGGCAUAAAAGAGAAACUUGAAUACUUUAGCAACUGCCCAAUCUCCCGAUUUUCAAUGACCAACAAACUGGCAGAGGUUGCGACAUCAAAACACCCAUAUCGCGGAUUUAUUAUAAAGAAAGGAGAAAACGACACAGAGCCUAUAGCUAACUUUGAAAAAGCAAAACCACGCAGAGAUAUUUGGUUUAUAUGCACAGGUAUGGGAAGCCAGUGGAAUGGCAUGGGAAGACAUCUGCUGCAGAUUCCCGUAUUUGCGAAAUCUAUUGAUGCUUGUACUGAUGCGUUAAAAGAUUACAACUUUAACGUUAAGGAAUUGAUAAUUGGGUCUAACUCCACAACCUACGACAAUCUUGUCAAUUCUGUCGUAGGACUGGUGGCAGUUCAGAUUGGUCUGAUCGAUUUACUGAGGUCCAUAGGAAUAAGGCAAUCAGGAGUAAUCGGACACUCCGUGGGAGAACUUGCAUGCAGCUAUGCUGACGGGUGCUUAACGUUGGAACAAACAAUACAAAUAGCGUAUCUUCGAGGGGUGUGUAUCAUAGAGGCAAAACUUCCUGUUGGAGCUAUGGCGGCAGUCGGUCUAACUUGGGAAGAUUGUGAAAAAUUGUGCGAAGGAGGAGAAGUGGCGCCGGCUUGUCACAAUUCAAACAACUCUGUGACCCUAACCGGACCGAAAGAUGCUAUCACAACUAUUGUGGAAAAAUUACAAAAAGAAAAGGUUUUUGCGAGGAUGGUCAACACAAGUGACAUUGCCUUUCAUUCUAAGGACAUGCAGUUGGUGUAUCCAAGAUUUUUAAACGAGAUCAGAAAGAUUAUCAAAGAGCCAAAGAAACGUUCCAAAAACUGGAUUUCAACCUCUAUAAAAAAAUUUACUGCAUCAUAUUCUCAUGAAGAAAAUGAUAUCGAAACUUUGAGCUGUUCGGCAGAAUACCAUGCCAAUAACCUACGAAAUGUUGUUCGAUUCCAUGAAGGCGUACAAAAGAUGCCUAGUGAUGUCAUUGUUAUUGAAAUAGCACCACAUGCUUUGAUGCAGCCGGUACUGAAGAAGUCUCUCCCAUUAAAUUGUGAUAGAGUGGUUCUGGCUGACCGCAAAGAAGAAAAUGGAAUUCAGACUUUGUUAAAAGGUCUUGGCAAACUUCAUUGUCUUUGUGUUGAUAUAAACCUUGAAGGGAUUUUACCAAGAAGACCACUCCCAACCCCGAAAGAGCUGCUACAGUUUCCAAACGACUGGGACCACGCGGAAUCGUGGUAUGUUCCCGGACCAGAAGCGUAUUUUGCUCAGCAAGUGGACAACCAGUUGGAAUCGCAUCACAUACUUGACUUCUCAAGUGACUCAGAAAAUAGUUACCUCAGUGGACAUGUCAUAGAUGGACGCGCGAUUCUUCCAGCAGCCCUUUAUAUACAAUUGGCCUGGAAAUCGUUCGCAAAAUACCAUCAAGUCGACAUGGCUGGUUUUCCCGUUCAGUUUAAUAAAGUAAAAAUACAAAGAGCAACUACACUCCCAGUUUCUGGUAAAAUCGAAUUUGUCGUAAACCUUAUUCCAACUGACAACAGUUUUCAAGUGUCUGAAAACGGUAAUAUAGUUUGCCUUGGUAAACUACAGAAGUUUGAAGGAUCUAUUGAAACGUUCCAAAAAGUGCAGGAAAAUUGUGAGAAAAUUUUAACACAAAAAGAAAUAUACAGAAAAAUGCGGCUCUCCGGUUAUCAGUACAAAGGGAAAUUUCAAGCAAUACGUUCGGCCACACAAAAUGGUCAAUAUGCUGAAAUACCCUUUGAUGGUAAUUACGUAACGUUUUUGGACGGAAUGUUUCAAUUGGAGUUGGUGGAAACUCCAAGACAAGAGUUAAAACUUCCAAUUAGCAUUGGAGGAAUAAAAAUUGUACCACAAACAUUGGAGUCCGGAUCUGACGAAAUAGUCAUACCUGUAAUGAAGAGGAACUUUAAGAAAGUGGUUUCUUCCGGUUGUUGUGAAGUAAGCGAAAUUGAGACCGUCGUCGCAACACGGCGAGGGCAAACUGAACAACCACUGCUGAAAAAGUACACAUUCGUACCCAAUAUCGAAACGGAAGUUGCUGAACAGGAUGAUGUGGUUCAAUUGUACGCAAAAGUUCUGGAAGAAUACAUCAAUAAAUUUUUCACUUCAAGUCCCUCACCUUCAAAGACAACAAACAACAACGGGCUUGGAAAAAACUUCGACUUUUACGAUUUUGAACGAUCAGUAGCGAACGUCCAUUUGCUGCGAAUGGUAAUUAAUCUGGCUCAGAAUAAUGUUCUUUUGAGAAACAAAUCCAAGGAAGAAAUGGUUAAAGAACACAUUUCUGAUCUUGUGUUUGAUCCUCUGUUAAAUUAUUGCGUCUCCAAUACAAACUGCAUGGCAACAACGCUAGAUGUAUUUCUAGAAAAUGCAGACAACUACGUGAGAGUAGCAGAGAUACCGAAUACAUAUUUUGGUAAUCACCAAGUGCACCACCUCCGUGAAAUAAUAACGCAACACCUGGAUUCUGAUACAACCAUUGAGUAUGACUAUAGUCCGUUGGGCUUUCAAGAAGGAGAAUUGUCAUCUUGGGACUCUUGGUCACAUUUCAAACCACCACCAAGCCUUAUGAAUUUAGAUCUGAUUGUCACCCACAGGUUGUUUCAACAAGGUGAAAAGGCGGCCAAACAGGUGUUACAGAACGCAAUUGCCUGUGUCUCGGCAAACAAAGGCUUCAUACUUCUACACGAAAUCACCCAGCAAACGCUUGCGCAAAACAUGUGGAAAAAUAUGUGCACAUCCAUUGAUAACACGAUGGUCAUGAAAUAUGUUCCUAUUGAACAGAUAAAAAAGAGUUUGAAGGACUUAAACCUUGAAAUAAUUGUACACAAAUCGGACGAAAAAUUAGGCAGCCAUCUCUUGCUGUGCAGAAGUCAAAUUGCAUUACGUGAUAAUCGCAUUGGAAUAACAGUGGAUCAUUCCAACGGAUUCUCUUGGGUCGAGGAACUACAGGAAAGUGUAGCAAAUGAUGCGGAAGAAAUAUGGCUGAUUGGGAAAAAAACGAAUAGCGGUUUGGCAGGCUUAAUGAAAUGUUUACGAAAAGAGCCCGGCAGUAAGCAAAUCAGGUGCUUGAUUUAUGAUGGUGAUAAUCUUCCAAUUUCAAUGGACGAAAUUAUAAAGAGGAAUCUUACAUUUAAUGUGUUUGAAAGUGGCCAAUUGGGGACAUUUAGACAUACGAACAUUGAACGACAAACACAGGUGAAAGUGAACCGAGCCUGGGUAAAACAAACUGUUCAAGCUGAUAUUUCAACGUUGAAGUGGAUUACAAUGCAAGAAACAUCCAGUGAACCUUUAGAAUGUGCUGUUGCUUACGCGUCCUUGAGUAAUAAAGAUGUUGUAAUGGCAUCAGGCAAACUUCAAGAAGAUACAUUGGCCGAUAAUCCCGAAUGGUUUGAUAUGUUUUUCGGCACGGGAUUUAGUGGUUUUAACGAAAAAAAUGAAAAGGUGAUGGGUAUAGUUCAAACUGGAGGAUUGGCAACCCAUGUACAAAUUGAAACUACCUACCUUUGGAAAGUUCCUGAUCAAUGGAGUUUAUGUGAUGCCGCAACUGUGCCGUAUGCUUAUUGCAUUGCGUUUUACGCAAUUGUGGAAAAGGGUAGGAUACGGAAAGGUGAAAGAGUACUCAUUACAGAUGGAGAGAGCGCAUUUGCAGAAGCUGCAAUAGGCAUUGCAGUUGGAGCAGAAUGUGAUAUCACCGUUACAGUAUCGUCGGAAGAAACCAAAGCAUACUUGAAAGAAAGGUUUAUGGGCGUACCAAACCUCAAAAUCAAUGAUUCGAAGACAGCUUCGUUGGAUUACCUGAUGACCAAAACAAAUGGGAGAGGAAUGGACUUGGUUUUGACAAACACAACUUCAACAAUCCGUCAGAACGCUUUUCGGUCAAUUUCAAAAUACGGAAGAAUUAUAGAGAUAGAAAACUAUGAAACAAGUUCGGAUGUCAAAUCAGGCUCAAUGCAUUUUCGGGCAACCGCUUCUUACUGCAGUGUUACGCCGGAAUGCCUCUUUGAUGAUGCCAUGCUUGAUCGUGAGCAAUUAACAAACUUCCUAAGAGACGGUAUCAACACUGGCAUUGUUAAACCUAUACGAAGAACUAUAUUUUCAAAGUACCAAAUUCAAGAUGCCCUUCGCCAGUUGACAAAAGAACAAGACGGCAGAGUUACUUUGAUAAAAGUUAAAGACACGGAUAGUGAGAUAGAUGUCGUAAAUAGAACAACGUUUGAUUCAAAAUUAACGUAUGUCAUUACUGGAGGACUUGGUGGGUUUGGAUUAGAACUUUGCAACUGGAUGGUAGAAAGAGGAGCAAGACAUGUUUUGCUAACCACAAGAUCAGGAGCAAACACUGCAUAUCAACAACUAUACAUCCGCAAGUGGAAAUCAGAAGACGUAAAGGUCAUCAUAAGCACCGCUGAUGUAAGCACAGCAGAUGGGGCAAAAGAAAUUUUAACUCAUAAUGUGGGUGGUAUUUUUCAUCUGGCCAUGGUUCUAAAAGAUGCACUGUUCAUGAACCAGUCACCAGAAUCUUUUAGUGAAGUUUGUCGCGUAAAGUGCGACGGGGUACAAAAUUUAGACAGGUAUUCACGAGAAUUAUGUCCAAACUUAGAACACUUUGUAGUGUUCUCAUCAGUUUCAAGUGCUAGAGGCAAUGUGGGACAAACCAACUAUGGUUAUGCAAACUCGUUUAUGGAAAGGAUUUGUGAAAUGAGAGAGCGUGAUGGGUUUCCAGCAUUAGCGAUUCAGUGGGGAGCAAUUGGUGAUGUAGGUAUUGCUGCUGAAAUUAUUGGUGAUCAAAAAGUUGGUGGUUCCCUUCCACAAUCCAUGCAAUCAUCUCUAAAGACACUGGAUGUCUUUCUUUCACAAUGCAAACAUGUGACCGUCCUUAGUAUCGUGGUUGCACCAAAAGAUACCUCGCUUUUAGUAAAAAAGGACUCAAAAAUAACAAUGCCGCAAGCUGUAGCAAAUUUGAUGGGAAUAAAGGAUUACAAAAUGGAGAAACAAAAUGUACAUAUUGCCAACAUGGGUAUGGAUUCAUUAAUGGCUGUGGAAAUAAGUCAGAUGUUAGAGAGAAAUUAUGGCUUUAAAUUAACUGGAAAUGACGUACAGCAGAUGACAUUUGAAAAAUUGGAAAAGCUCUCUGCUAAUGGCGGAAACAAAAAUUAUGUUAGAAACGACACAGAACAAGAUCUCUUUGUGACGGUACACCCAGAAGCACUCAUAAAAUUGAAUGAUUCCAACGAUGUAAAAACCAUGCCUUGGUUCUUUGUUCACCCCAUUGGUGGAUCAAGUCUGGUUUUCAAAGAUAUUACAAAACACCUUAUAGGAAAUGGUUUUGGUCUUAAUUUUACAGAGAAGGCACCAUUAACCACAAUAGAGGAGUUGGCUUCACAUUAUUUGGAAGUAGUUGGGAAACAGCAAAGCUACAAUUUAGUUGGUUAUUCAUUUGGAGCUUGUGUUGCUUUUGAAAUGGCAAUGCAAUUGUCAAAGAAAAAGGAAACUAUAAACCUUGUGUUGAUAGACGGUUCACAUUCAUUCAUUGCAGACAGUAUUCAGAGUUUUGUGGAUUUAAUGGGAGAUGAAGAUGCAAAGACGGUGGAAGAACUUCAAGAAGAAAUCCCGAAUGUAAAACAGUAUAAAGCAAAGUUGCACAACUACACAAGGCUUCAGUUCGAAAGGGCUUCACUGACAUAUGAAAACAUCCCAAGGGAAACCUUGGAUGAAGAAAUAUCACGCUACAGCAAGCGUCUCGAGAUGGCACACUUCUAUAAAGUUAAAGGAAAAUAUCCUGGUGACAUAACGCUGAUACGACAAAAGAAAUCAAUCACGCAUGACUACAACUUGAACGAAGUGUGCAAUGGAAAAGUUCAAGUAAUUACACAAGAUGCAACGCACGAAAAUAUUAUCAGGGCAAAGUAUGGAAAGACAAUUGCAGAUAUGUUGAAUGACUUUUAAUACACAAUGAAUCCUUAUCACUACUAUUAUUGCAGUAUGCAUUUGUAAAGAGUUGGCCAUAUGUAAAUUGUGUUCACUUUUUAAUGCUUAUAUAUAUAUCUACUUGUUUUACUGAAUUAAAAUCAGACAGAGGCAGACAAACUUAAAACUUCUUUUUCAUCUAACAACUUUAUUUUACACCUUCAUUGAGGUACCUUAGUAUAAUGUAAAGCGACCUCGAGCCUCAUAAUAAAAUUUGUAUUUUUUAAA